AUGAAUACAAACCGGCCGAACACAUCUGGCGUUCCCUCUUCUUCCUCCACUGCCGGCCCCUUGGCUUUACGGAGCGGAAGCACCGCAGGGGUUGUUGGGGGAACUGACGCUGGUAGAAGCGGCAGCAGAUCAAUGGAUUAUAACCCGUUCUCUCUCAUGGAUGUUGGGACGGCGAAGAUUGGGUUUGAACAAUUCCAUGGGGUGCCGUCGUCAAUGCCGAUGCAACAGCAACAGCGCGGGGUGCCAACAACAGCCACGUCCAUGGGCUCUGCUGUUGACUGUCAGCUUCGCAAGUCUUCGGCAGGAACCCAACAAGGAGACCACUCAUACUACCAGCAACAGCGGCAACCUUCUCUGUCCCAACCUCAACAGCGCACGAAUCUUUCGCUGGAUUUGGCGAGAGUCACCCAGUUGGCAUCACAACGCAGCGGCUCAGCCAUUACAACCACACGACAAGAUAUCGUGACACCAUCCUCCGCGAACCGCUCGGUUUCUCAGAGCUCUGCUCUGGAUUUAAAAACCAGGGGGGGCUCUCUAGAUACCGUCACGUCCAUGCGCUCUGGAACAGAUGGGGAGCCACAUGGUAGAGUUGCGAAGCGUUCAGCAAUCUUUAGUAACUUCCUCAAAAGGGAUCCCCCAGACUUUUUGAAACCGUCGCCAAACACCUUACUGCGGCGACAAGGGUCAAGCACAGCGGUGACCGCACGUGGGCUUUUUGGUGACCAGUCUCGCUCUGGCAGCACCGCGACAAACCCAGACGCGCACGUGUCGCGUCCGCAACACCAGGAACAACUACUGGACCCCUCGCCAUCGCAAGGGUACUCUCCAGGGUUUGUGCUCUACACAGCGAGGGAAAGGGACCGCGUCAAACCUGCAUUCUUCAGUCAUUCUGCAUUGACAGCUCGACCGAGUGCUGAGGAUACUUCAACACGGUUUGUUUCAUCUGAGCAGUGUGUUUCCCCCCUCCCGAGCAGCACGAAUCAAGCGACAGCUUCGCACCUUCCCCAAGGACCCCCGCUGGGCGUGAACAACCCUGGGGCGACAGAGCCUCACUUUACUGACAGUGGAAGCGCCUCAACCGUUGUUUCAACGGCCACUGGGACGCAUCUGCCCCAUGGUUCAGAUUCUGUUGUUUCUGCUCCGAAUGCACUCACCAGUGAUUUUCAUGUACCCCAAAUGGACAUAGCCGUGAGAGGUGUGUUGGGAGAUACGAGGUUAUCUAACGCCACGACAUCGUCAGCAUCACAGAGUCUUGCCUACCUAACUCCAGGUGCUGAGGUUGCUGUCAGCGAAAAUUAUGCUGAGAAAAACAAUAUUCUGGUUAGCAGGCCACCUUCAGCUCCUCAUGCUCACAUGCCGUUGCCGGCGGAUCCGGGUGUGGGAAGCGUCCUCUCGGCGGACAACGUGGCCAUGAAUCGGGGUGAUGCUCUGGGGCUGCCAAUGCCGCAAGGCAUCCCAAAUGAUGGGUUGAGUCCAAAUGGAACCGAAGAAACGGCUUUGGCUCUUCCUCCUCCUCCUUUUCCUGGGUUUGGGCAUCCCCAUAAGGUAUGCCCCGCUGCUGUUGUGCCUGCCGGUGAUGACGUUGCUGCGCCUCAUGUAACCUCCGCUACGCACGGCCUUGGUUUCCCGCCCACGGGCCGCCAACGGCAGGAGCGGACGGAACACGAUACACAGGCUUGUGUGUUUAUCGACGGCUUUGACCCGAGCGAAGCCCCCCCAGCUGCGCCGUCCUAUGGGGAUGCCGUAGACGGUUCGUCUUCGCAAGAGUGGCACGAUGGUUCGCUGCAGGACGCGGUUGCCACAGCGCCUUCUAAUGUGGGGUCCGAGGCUUUGCUAUUUGAGGGCCCAACUCAGGCAGGGGAAGUUGGUACUAACAUGUGUCCCGUUGAAGAGGGGACAUCUCCGGAAGCGCGGCUGCCGGCUUUAGAUAUGGCUGCUCUCCCUGUGUCCAGCCGCCGUGAAGGGAAAGGUUGGGGACAACAACAUCGUCCACGUGGUGGAGCCCCGUGUUUUGCCGUAUUUUCUCCUACGGGCUGUGUUAUUGCAGUGUUUAACGCUCCCAAUCCCUCCGUGAAGCCCAGGUUUGUAUGCAGUCGUGUCGCGGACAUACUUUCUGGGAAGGCGAAAGGUAUGAACCCUUCCAAAGUGGGUGAAGACUAUGUAACGACCCUUCGCGUUUCGGCUGCAUUCACCCUUAGAAAAAUCAAUGAAAACAAAGUUCCACUGACGUCUCUCCGCGAAGCCGUCCAGCAAGUGCCCGACAUCCUUCCGCUUCUAAGGGGCGUUUUGUCCUACGCGCUGCGUGACCCGUUGCCUGACUGGCGUAACGGUGGACAGAAGGAGCUUACCAAAAUGCUCUCGGAGGUGGCUGAGCAGGUGCCCCCCUCCAGUGUGAUGAACCCUAUUCGGCUGUCCGACCCAAAUUUGUUGAAGAGGGACCCGGAACAGGGUCUGCGGGAGGUGCAACGGUUGUUGCUUAUUGGAGAGCGUGAGGCUGCCGUGGGGGUGGCUAUGGAGUUUCAGUUAUACACGCAUGCCAUUAUUAUUUCGAUGGUGUGCCCCACCAAAGAGCAAUACAUGGAUGUAAUCCGUACCGUUGUUGAGAAAGAGUUAAGCCCCCUUUCACCUCUUGCUCACGCCUACUGUACGUUUAACGAGCUACCGCUUCCUGGAUUCGCGAGUUCGCCAACAUCUACGUUGCCCAGUGCACCGACGGGAGGGUGUGAGGUUUGCGUUCGGCAGUCCUGGGUGCAGCACGCGGCACUGUUUGUGUCUAACUUCACUAGGGAAAGUGCGGUGGGCUUGGUACAGCUGGGAGAUGCCCUUGUAAAAGAAGGGUUGAUUGACGAGGCCUAUUGUUGUUUUCUGCUCGCUCAUCUUACUCCGAUGGGAAAUGUUGCCCCUCAGCAGCUACCACAACCCCAACAGCAGCACGUCAUGAAUCUUCUUCGUGUGCGACUUGGCGCAUUGGGUGGGCACUGCCGUCCUGACGGUGUGCGUGUGGUUCUGACGCCGAAAUUGCUGUUUCUAGCUGAUGUUGUAGACAACAUUCGCUGUAACCUUGAAGUGUCUGCACAACCUGCAGCAACGGAAGGGGAGGGUUUAGUGAUGCGUCACGGACUUCCCGCUCGCUCGCCUGCCAGCAAAGUUGUGUUCUGCUAUUUGCAAAUGUUAUGGUUACAGGAGGUGGGUCUGCAUGAUAUGGCGGAUCCUUUCAUGGCACACACACUCCGGAUGGCACCGACGUCAUCCAAGAACUCGGCACCAUUCACUUUGAACCGCCUGCUCGCCUCCGGACCCCCUGUCCCUGCGCCAGCCACUGCAACCGAUGCUGCCGUCGCACCUGUCCCCAUUCCCACCCCUGGUACGCCUCAGCCGAAAACGGCUCCACCAGCUCCUGGACUUCUAAACAAAGGGAUCGGACCAAGGUUUGGUGCCCAGACGUCACAAAGAGUACUGCCGCGGAUAGGACCAGACGGGUACCGUGUAACCACGAUGCCCACUGCCCCGCAGACGUCGCCGCCGGUGCCAAUGCUAGCAGGAGCGUUUACGCCCAACGCACCGGGAGGCGCCCAGACCGCAGGCUCGUCCAUACCGCCACCGCCUGCCUCAUUCCAGUCAAAAGUAGUGUCUACUGCGCCACCUCCUCCACCUCUUUCGUGCCAGGUGAAAUCAGUCCCUGAAGGCGGUGCGGUAGAGAGUGAACCUACCAACCCGAACUCGGCCAGUUCCUCUUCCACUUCGUUCCCUGCUGCGCCACCCACUACCGCUCGCGGCCGUCCCGCUGAGCCUGGCCCAACUCAAGAUCCCGGAAACAACGAGCGAACACAAGAGCCAACGAAGCAGCAGAGACAACAGCCGCCCCGCUCAGGCUCUCUUGGUGCCCUCGCCAGUUUCUUGUUCCGGCGCAGCGGCUCCAAAGACAACGAAGCGAAAAAGGACGAACCAAAGAAGAUGAUCAUUGACACUGAGAAGCCUCCUAAGUUUGACCCCACGAGGGGUUGCUAUCUCUUUCCCGAGUCUGAAGAGGAUAAGAAAGUGGCAGAGAUGAUCAAGGCGGGUCCUAUGAUGCGAUUUUCCGUGAAGCAGCAAGCCCCGCAGGGACCGGUUAACCGCCGAAUGCCCGUAAGGACGAAAUAUGUGGACACAUUUAACUCCUCCUGA